AUGUCUUACCCACCAGUCCCAGUCAACAACGGCUUUCAAUUCGUCUCUACAAGACACCACGACACAUACCCUUUCAUCGACCCCACCACCCAAUCCGACCACACAAACCACUAUGUCCUCGUAACCGGGGCAUCGAAAGGCGUCGGACGCGCAACAGCCAUCUCAUUUGCCCGCGCUGGCGCCGCAGGAAUAGCUCUCGGCGCACGCUCAGAUUUCGGGACCUUGGAGCAGGAAAUACAAUCCGCAGCCAAAGCAGCAUCCAAGCCCGCGCCCAAGGUGCUAAAACUCGAGCUCGAUGUAGCAGACUAUGCCAGCGUCGAGAAAGCAGCGAAAGUCGUCGAGAAGGAGUUUGGGAAGCUGGAUGUGCUGAUCAAUAACGCGGGGUAUCUGGGGGAUUGGGUACCGGUUGCGGACACGGAUCCAAAGGGGUGGUGGCGGAAUUACGAGAUUAAUGUUGGGGGGACGUAUCAUGUCUCCAAGGCGUUUAUGCCGUUGCUGUUGAAAAGCGGGCAGAAGACUAUUGUUAAUGUCACGAGUGCGGGGGCUCAUGGGUUGGGGCCGGGAGCGAGUGGGUAUCAGGGGUCGAAGUUUGCGCUGUUGAGGUUUACGGAAUUUUUGAUGGUGGAUUAUCAGGACCAGGGGCUGUUGGCUUAUGCUGUGCAUCCGUGUGGGACGAGGACGGAGCUUGGGGAGAAUAUGCCGGAACAUAUGUAUCGUGUAUUUACCGAUACGCCUGAAAUUGCAGCUGACGCGAUGGUCUUCCUGACAUCUAAAAAGCGGGACUGGCUCGCGGGUCGGUAUGUGGAUUGUUGUUGGGACAUGGAGGAGUUCUUGAGCAAAGAGAAAGAGGUUGUCGAGGGAGACAAACUCAAGAUGAGGAUGGUCCUUUAA